GGGAGGAGAGGAGUGAGGCAUGCAGCAGCUACUCACUCACUCACUCACUCAUUUAGUCUAUUGUUUUCCCUAUAGCUUACUGCCGUAUUGUACCACUCCAGGGAGUUGUACCAUAAUUCUGUGAGGAACAAUAGGAAAAUAAGUUUUCUUUUUUUUAAGACAUUCCUGGGUCCUUUAAUAAGGAAGAUUCAAACUAUCUCUCCGUUAUUCUUUGCUUCUUGUGUUUUAUUGUGAUCCUGUUAUAACCAUACUUUGGCUGCAGUUGAGUACUGGAUCUGUUGGGAUUGGCUUGCUGUUUUGCUGUUGCUGUCAAAGUUGAGAGAAAUCUCCUUCCAACGACAUUUGACUGUAGUAGAGCUGAAAAGGGGGAGGAACCUCAGAAGAUGUUCUGACUUGAAGACAGAGCAAUCUCCUGUUGUGAAGUGGUCUCUUCUCUGUUGGAAAGAGAGAGAAGUCUUGGAUAUUCAGGAAGAAAAAAGGAGUUUGGAUUGGGACAACAGAACAAGGUGUUGGAUUUGAGGGUUGUCUAUUCUUGGACAAACCAAGAAAAAAACACAUUUAUUUUUCCAAAGAGGCAUAAAGAAGUGUUGGGAAAGAAUCUAUAACAGUUAAACAACAUGGCUGGGAAGUACGAUUGCUUCAAGAGAAGGAAAUGAAAAGGAGGAUGUCACCAUGGGGAGUCGGCUUUGGAAGUGGGCGCAGCAGUGACAGCGCUGCCAUGGCGUCAGGACCUCCGGAGGGGAUGGCCAAUCAGGAGCCUGCUGAGGUCGCGGAGGAGUGCUCAGGAAAGAAGAAGUCCAAGUUCCAGACGUUUAAAAAAUUAUUUGCAAGGAAGAAGAGAAAGGAGCCGCCAGCAGCAGGAGCAGAUGCUGGGCUCAAAGCCAGCCAAUCAACUGACAAUGUCGGCAAAACCUCCGAAAAUAACACCCUCACUCGAUCAGAGAAGGAGAAGGGAUCUGGGUCAAAGAUCAGCCUGGGCGGCAAGGCCUUGUCCCAUGACUCUGUCUUUGUUUCGGACUCAUCGGAGACCAACAAUGCUCUGGGGGCAUCUCAGGAGAGCAUCCACGGGAAGGUGAAAUCACUACAGCUCCAGCUGAAGCAGGCCAUCAGACUGGGCUCUCCUCCGUCCAUCAUGUGUGUGAAGAGAGCGGACGAUGCUGGAACUAUGUCUGAGGACGACGGCCUGCCCUGUAGUCCCCCUGAAUACAACGCGCAUCACACAGUCAUGAAUAAGGCUCAGAGGAACAGCCGCAUGAGUCUGGAGGGAGUAGACAGUGGCGAUGACCAGCAGUCCUGGUCGGGCUCCAGCAGAGCAGUGAGUCCUCUGGUGGUCCCGGGGGACUUCAGCCAGCCGGCCAGCCCCUUCGGCUGUCUGGAUAACUCUGCUGCCAAACACAAGCUGGGCCUGAGACACAAAGCCUGCAACAGGAGGAAACACGUCUCUAGGCUGGAGUUAAAAUCAGAGGGAGACUCUGUGUUGGACGGGACACUGAACGCCUCCAUAACAGCAGAUUCAGAGGAGCAAGAUCAAGAGAAUCCAGCAGAAGGUGUAAGAGCUGAUGAGCUGAAACCAAAGGAGGAGAGGGAGGAAGAGGAGGAGGAAGAGGAGGAGGAGGAGGAGCAGCCAAAGCAUUCCAGACGCUCCCUGCUGAGCGAUGAGGAGGAGGACGAGUGUGAAGUAGAACAGGAAGUUUCUCACGGCCCGGACACUUCCUCUCUUACGGAGCUGAGACUCCCAGAGGAGGAAUCCCCGGACACCAGGCCCCUGCCCUCCUCCGGGCCCGGCUCAAGAGCCUCCUCUCCGGACAGUCCCAGAGCCACGCCGGAGCCCCCUGCUGGUCCCAAAGAGUAUCUGCUCGACCCUCUGAGCAUCACCUUUGGAGCGGAGGAGGUUGACUCGAGCGGAGAAGUAGAUGGAAUCCAGGAGAACAGGGUGGAGGAGGAGGAGGAGGAGGAGGAGAGCUCCUUCUUACAGGAAGUGCUGAGCUCCCUGAAAACUCCCCUUGCGUCUUGCUCACUGAUGACUGAAGGGGUCGACCUGGAAAUAAAGGAGGAGGUGAAGGAAAGAGAAGUCGUGGAGAUGGAAGGAGAGGAGGUGGAGGAAGAAGAAGAGGAAGAGGUGGUGGAGCCUGUUGGUUAUCAGGCUGCUCCUGUUGACUCCAUCCUGUCACAUCAGUCUUCACAGGAAGAGGAAGAGGUUUCCACUUUAAGCACUGCUUAUUGUCAAGAUGUUGAACAAGAGGAGAACAUGGAAGUUAAGGAAGAAGCAGCCUUAGAGGAAGAGGAACUAGUGGUGGAAGAAGUCAGUCAAUACUGCCGAGAAAAGGAAGAGGACGCAGAAGAAGACGAUCCCGAGGAACAAAAUGAUACAGGAAACACCGUAAACAAGGCAGAGGAAGAGGGAAGAGGAGAAGAAGAGAGUGAGGGAGAGGAGGAGGCCAUUGAGCUGAAGAAAGAACCAGAUGUGGAGGUGGAGGAAGCCGAAGAAGAAGAAGAGAGAGUAGAGGAAGAGGAAGCAAUAGAGGAAGAGAGCGACGACGCGGAAGAGAUGACGGAGGCGUUUCCUGAUGCAGCUCAUGAUGACAUACAGCUGCAGGAGGAAGAUGAGGGUGUAGUUGUUGUGGUUGGAGAUGAUGGUGAAGCGAUGGGUGAUCAGGUGCAUGAAAGUCAUGUAGCUUCUGAUCAAAGCAUAGAAGAGGAGAGGGAAGAUGGAGAAGAGAGGAUGGAGGAAGUCAUAGAGAUCAACAUGGAAAAAUCUGAGCAAGAGGAAGAUGGUGAAGCAGAUCAAAGUGAGCUAAAUCUGCAGGAAGAAGGUGGAGAAACACCACAUUCAGACAUGAAGCAAGUGGGAAAAGAACAAACAGAAGAAGUUCCUGUCAAGCCUUCUUCUUUGUCUCUCCCUGAAUCACACCACGAGCCUCCGUCACCUGAGAGUGGAAGCAUCUCUCCCAGCAAGACCUCCACCAUCCACAUUAAUCUACUCUCUCCGAGCUCAGAGAAGGCCCCAUCUUUCUUCCCAAAGUCCCCACCUGACACACAGCCCACAGAAGGUGAGACGCCUCAAGAAGCUGAGGAGCAGAACGCAGAAACAGAAGAAGAAACAUCUGAUAAUGUGGAAACAGUAGAAGAAGAGAAAAAGUCAGCUCUCGAGGAGGAAGCUACACUUCCUGUCUCUGUGGAGGAAAAGGUCAACCAGGUGUCCAGCCCCACCCGCUUCACCAUCACCCCCGCCUCGCAGAGGUCGCUGUCUGUCGGGGACGCAGAGGAGAGUUCCACACCUCCUUCCUCCCAAACCACAUCUUCAUCGUCCUCUGACACAAGGCCCCAAGAGGUGGAGGUCAGUAAAGGGAAAGCAGAGCCAGCGAAGGUUGAAGUGGUGUUGAGCCCGGGAAGAGCGAGGAACGCAGGGACCCCCACCACCACGUCGUCAUCAUCCAAUCAUCCGCAGACCCCAGCUGUUGCAAGCACAGAAGAGAGCUCCAUGGUGAUGGAGGGAAACCCCGACAAUCCGUUUGGAGUUCGGCUGAGGAAGACGUCGGCUCUGCCUCGCUUCAGCUCGGAGGAGGAAAACACAGAGGUGCGUCUCCGGACUUUGUUCUUACUAUUAUACGUUUUGCUUCCAAAAUAUCCCUAAGCAACACACGUCAUU